GACUCCGUGUGUAUUUGUCGGCCACGACCUCCCUUGCUUGGCUCUGCCUGGGAAGUACAGAGGCGUGGAGGCAAUCCUAUAGCAGGCGAGAAGCUGUGAAACCAACGUUCCCCGAGGGGAUGUUCCGUUAAGACUUUAGGACUGAAAUCAGCCACAAGACGCCGUGUCUGCGUGACUAAAGACUUUAACACACUACCUGGGUUCUCAUGGAAGCAGAUGGAUUUGUGAGGAGGCGUCGGAUGACAGCGGAGACUACAGGCAAUGAUCCCGGGGUUGCUGGUGCCUCUGCCGGGGCAGAAGUUCGAUGGCUGGGGGGCAGGUUCUGGGGAGUUUCUGAAAGUAUCGUGGGGAGCCUGACACCCCGGAUCGGUGGGGAAACAGAGCUACAGACUGUUGAUUGUAUCUGCAGUGCACAGGAUGCACAGACAGAGGACUCUGAACCAGACUAUGAGGGUUUGCCACAGGGAGCUUCCACUAGCACCCACAUGUUGGCUGGAGCCGUGGCCGGGAUCAUGGAGCACUGCCUCAUGUUCCCCAUCGAUUGUGUCAAGACACGAAUGCAGAGCCUGCAGCCCGAACCCGCAGCCCGCUACAGGAAUGUGAUGGAUGCUCUUCGCCGAAUUGUAGCCACAGAGGGAGUGUGGCGGCCAAUGAGAGGGCUGAAUGCAACAGCAGUUGGGGCGGGACCUGCCCAUGCCCUCUAUUUUGCCUGCUAUGAGAAACUCAAAAAGACUCUAAGUGAUGUCAUUCACCCAGGGGCUAACAGUCAUUUGGCUAAUGGAACAGCUGGGUGUGUGGCCACACUGCUUCAUGAUGCAGCCAUGAACCCAGCCGAAGUUGUGAAGCAGCGCAUGCAGAUGUAUAAUUCGCCCUACCGUGGCGUGUUGGACUGUGUACGCGCCGUGUGGCAGAAAGAAGGCCCUGCUGCGUUCUACCGCAGCUACACCACCCAGCUAACCAUGAACGUGCCCUUUCAGGCGCUCCACUUCAUGACCUACGAGUACCUUCAGGAGUUGCUCAACCCCCACAGACAGUACAAUCCCUCGUCCCACAUGUUGUCUGGAGCUUUGGCUGGAGCCAUUGCGGCAGCGUCCACCACACCUCUGGAUGUCUGCAAGACCCUGCUCAACACCCAGGAGUCUCUAACCCUCGGCUCCCUGUCCUCCGGCCAAGGCCCUGGCAAGGGCCAAGGAGCCCACAGACACAUCUCAGGCCUGGCCCAUGCCUUUCGGACAGUUUACAGGCUGGGCGGCCUGCGGGGCUUCUUCAGGGGAGUCCAGGCGAGGGUCAUCUACCAGAUGCCCUCAACAGCCAUCAGCUGGUCGGUCUAUGAGUUCUUCAAGUAUGGACUCACCAAGCACCAGCACGACAAGAGGAGAGCGCAGCACCUGGAAGCUUAGAUGUAGAUGUCUUCUCUCUUUAAUCUCCACAAAUAUUUCUCUCCCAUCCCUGAGAGGAGAAGAUGAAGUCAAUACGCACAUAGAAUCUGACUAAAAUCCACCUCGGUUGUCCCAUCCCCUUCAGACAUAGCAGACAAGAAAGACAUCUUCAAAGACAGUUUGAGUAGUUGCAUUUCUGCUACACUGUUUCAAGACUAGAUGUGGUUUGAGUUAAAUUUUUUCUCUCUCCUAGGAUGAAACAUUUAUACAGUAUUAUAGAACAUGUUAACUGGGAGAUCUUUUUAAGACAUUCUGGUGACUACUAUGUUUGUCCAAGCUGAGGAUAAAUGUGAUGAAAGCACACAUUUUGAGUUGGAAAGGUUGUCAGCAGAGGGCAGUAGUGUUACUUUGUUAACUCUCCUGUAGUUUCAUAAGCUUUGCUAUCCUAGGAGCAGAUUUUUAUUUUCACCCAUCCAAACCUUGAAUUUGACAUUAAAAAUUAUGACUUACUCCUGAACCGACCCCUUAUUGGAUUCAUGAAUUAAACCUUUUAUACAGACUAUUCUCACAGUAAUCCCAGAAAAGACAAGAUCAUUUUGGUGUCUAGUUCAGGCUUCACACAGGCAUUCAGACACUUUGAUCCAAGUGUUUUGGCCAUAUAGAAUCAAAAGCAAAUUAAAUUAAAGUUUAAGAAAAAUUUCUUGUUAAGCUAUCACAUGGCAUGGAUCAGUACCCAGAUAUUUUUCUGUAGAGAUUGAAUGGGACCCUGACAAAAUGGCAACUCACAAUAGUUGAAAAAGCAAAAGUUAAGACCAUUUUAUUGUAUAUCUUGAUUAUUUGAACUGUGUAAUUUGAAUACUAUUCGAUAAUUUCACAGACUAACAAAAAGAAGACCAUAGAUCAGAUUUUGGGUAGGGUUUUGUUUAGCUAUUGGCAGGUAAAGGAAUGAAUAUAUUUAUUUUCCCUUUUCAAAUGUUUAAAAUAGUUCCCUAUCAUGUAUUUUCAGUAGCUCUGAAGUAUCUGAAGUGCGCCUGUAAUUUAUUUUUAAUCAUUUUGUUUCCUUAAAUGGUAUUUUAUUUCCAGCAAAAUAUUACUUUAAACUUUCCCUCUGGUUUUCCCCCAUUUAUGUGUUUAGUCCGACCUUGGAUCAUCCAAAAACUCACCAUUAAUGCCUUGUGUUUGACAGAGAAGACGAUGCAGCUGUCAGCGUUGUUUUCAGCCUGUGAACUACUGAGUUACAAUAUCUCUGCUCAACAGCAAAGGUUGUAUACAGUGUGCUUUGCCCCAAAUAAGAAUUCAGUAUCCCACAAGUUACGUAUCUGUGCCCCCAUUGACUACACAUAAAUGGAAGUUGUCAUUCUUAUUGACUGAUGUCUGACACUGAAUUGCACUCGUUGAAUAAAGACUGAGCAGUGUGGCUAUACUCACUGCUCAUAAACGAUGGGA